AUGAUAGCAUUGCAUCCUGUCGUCAAGGGCCAAACCACCGCCUUCACCGACAUAGCUCGAAGCCCAUCAGCACGCGUGGAUGACCGCCUAGCUAUGGUCUUCACCUUGGCAACAAUUUCCUCCGCCCCUUCAUCCUUGACACCGAAGACUAGGGAGUUCCGCGCUGACCGCAGUUGGCGACACAGGAGGAAGGACGAGAGGCUGGCACCAAACAGAGAUGGGAGAAGAAAGCGACACCAGAUGAUGCAGAACCUCUUCGGCGAUCAAUCAGAAGAGGAAGAAGAGCUUGAUUCCGAACAUGAAUCGAAUCCCCAACCCACUUACGCUUCUGAUGAAGGGGAGGGAGGGAUAGAGCCUGAGGUUGAAGGGGAAGGGGAAGUUGAAGGUGAGGGUCAUGGGGAGGUGGAAAUAGAAAGUGAGGGUGAUGUGCCUGAUGGGGAUCCAGAUCCCGGCGAAAGUGAAGGUGAGAGGGAGCAAAGUUCCCAAGAGGUAGAUAUUGUUGAUCAGAGAGAAGAAAGUGAAGCAAGAGAUUCUGAUAGCGAUGCAAAAGAUGACUACAAUCAGAGAGUUGUGACUAGCAAGCGUAGGGAUGUGAUUGAGAGUGGAUCUGAGAGGUCAGAAGAGCACCAUUAUCCUGAAAAUGACGACGAGGAAGUCGACGAAGCUAGAAGUCCAAGUGGAUCACCCAGAGAUGACAAGGAUCGGGCUCGCAUGUUGCAUUCUGCCCCUGAAAUUCGUGAUGUGUUUGGUGAUUUUGAUGAUGAUGAGGAGGAGGCAGAAUAUGCAGUUCGGCAUGACAUUGAGCAUGAUUCAAAUAGAUCUCCUUUGGAGGAGGAGGAAGGCAGUUAUGGAAAGAGCUUAAGACCAGAGGACAUAAUUGCUGACGAAGAAGCUCAUUAUGAGUCAGAGGAGGAUAACAUUGAGAUGAAACUUAAAGAGAAACCACUUGGGCCCCCAUUGGAGCUAGAGGUUCCACUUCGACCCCCUCCAGCUUUUCCAGAAAAGAUGAAUAUGAUCAAAGUAUCUAAUAUUAUGGGUGUUGACCCAAAACCAUUUGAUCCUAAAACAUAUGUUGAAGAGGAUACAUUUGUUACUGAUGAAUCUGGAGCCAAGAAACGCAUACGGUUGGAGAACAACAUUGUGCGCUGGAGGACUGUGAGAAAUCCUGAUGGCACAACGACUUGUGAAAGCAAUGCUCGUUUUGUGAGGUGGUCUGAUGGCAGCUUGCAGUUAUUAAUAGGGAAUGAAGUUCUUGACAUAUCUGUGCAAGAUGCACAGCAUGAUCAAGCGCAUCUUUUUCUUAGACAUGGGAAGGGGAUCCUCCAAUCACAAGGAAGGCUAUUAAGGAAAAUGAGAUUUAUGCCGUCUUCCUUGUCUUCAAAUUCUCAUAGGUUGCUGACUGCCCUUGUGGAUUCAAGACAUAAAAAAGUUUAUAAGGUUAAAAAUUGCAUUACUGACAUUGAUCCUGAGAGGGAGAAGGAGGAAAAAGAAAAGGCAGAAAGUCAAAACAUCAGAGCCAAUGUACUUCUCAACCGUAAAAGAGAGAAGGUGAGCCGGAAAUAUGCUCCCCCUGUAGAAAGGAGGCGCCAACUUUCUCCUGGGUUUUUGGAGGAUGCUUUGGAUGAGGAUGAUGAAACAGAUUAUUAUAAUUCUCAUCGUGCUCGUCGCCGCUUUGAGGAUGAUUUUGAUGUCGAAGCGCAAGCAGAGAAGCGAAUUAUGAAUGCUAAGAAGUCACAGGCACACAAGGAUAUCCCUCGAAGGUCAUCUUUCCCACCUGUUAAGUCAUCCCGGCGCCCGAUAGAGUUCUCAGAUGAUGAGAGAGAGGAAUCUGAGUAUGAAACUGAUGGCGAGGAAGAUGAUCGACCUCUGCCACGAAAAAGUGCCGAGGAUACUGAACCAGAGUAUGAGGAUGAGGAAGAAGAAGAUGAAGAAGAACGUUAUGAAGAAGCACAAGUUAAUGACGCAUCAGAGGAAGAGGAGGAACCAAAGCAGAAGAAUAAGGAGAUCCGAGGCAGCAAGAAAAGGAAGGGUUUUGAGUCAGAUGAGGAAUCUCCUCCAAGAAAAGCAACAAACCAUGCCCACAGGCGAAUGGCAGUUGUUUAUGAUAGUGAUGAGGAAUGAAUUUCUUCAAGCCGCAUUGCCUUCAUGGAAGCCGUCCGCCUUGUGCCUUUCCCGGGUUCAUUGCGAUUGGGAUUGUUGAGCAAUGUGGUUAGAAGGCGGCUAGCAGAUUAUCCAAUGCAGCAGAAGCCAAGAUGGCUCAUCUUUCUCCGCUUUCUGUUCCCUUCGCGCAUUUGAAUUUAGUUAUUUACCUUUACAUAUAAUAGAAAUGGAAAUUGCUCGUCACCUCCAAGCACCUUUAGCAUGAAUAUAGAAGCUUGAGACGUAGCAGAGUAUCUUUGGAUCACUCACAAAAGCUUAUAACUGCCCAUGAAUUAUCAUCUUUGUAAUUACUGAUUAUGUUCAUUAUCACUCUUAUUUUCAUUUCCUGUGAUAAUUUUCAUUUUUUGCACUCGAAUCAAUUGCAAUCUUCAGUCAAUUUAUUUUUCUUCAUUGUUUGC